AUGUCAAGAUCAGGAGUUCAAGUUGCAGAUGAAUCGUUAACAGCAUUCAACGAUUUGAAACUAGGCAAAAAGUACAAGUUCAUCAUUUACACAUUGAACGACGCCAAAACCGAGAUCGUUGUUGAUGAAACUUCUACAGAGACCGACUAUGAUGCAUUCUUGGAGAAAUUGCCAGAAAACGAAUGUAAAUACGCCAUUUACGAUUUUGAAUACGAAAUUGGUGGAGGUGAAGGUAAAAGAUCCAAGAUUGUCUUUUUCACAUGGUCUCCAGAUACCGCACCAGUCAGAGCCAAGAUGGUUUAUGCUUCAUCAAAGGAUUCAUUGAGAAGAGCCUUGAACGGUGUUGCUGCCGAUGUUCAAGGUACUGACUUUUCCGAAGUUGCUUACGAGUCAGUUUUGGAAAAGGUCAGUAGAGGUGCCGGUUCCCACUAA